UCUUUACGCCCGGGGUCGCCGGCGCAUGCGCGUAGCGGCCUCGGCGGAGCGGUAGGCGCAGCUAGUCCGUGUCGUCCGCGUGCUGGAUACAGUAGUGUGCAGAGAUGCUGUGUCGGCUGAGCGUUAGGUGGCUGCAGCCGCGGCCUGCCCUGCAGCUCCGGGGCUUGGGCCCACCGGCCGCACCGGCCCCCACCGGCGGCCCCAAGCCCUCGGCUCUGCCAUUGUGGGCGGUGGCAUCAGUCUCUGCAGUUGGCCCGAGUGGCGCGGGUGGCUGGUACGAAGCCCUGGCUACGUCGGCGCCGGUGCAGGGCGCCGAGGACGUGCUGCUCUUUGCGCACACAGCCUCGGGCCUGCCCUGGUGGGGCAGCAUUCUCCUCACCACCGUGGCCCUGCGCGGCGCUGUCACGCUUCCCCUGGCCGCCUACCAGCACUACAUCCUGGCCAAGGUGGAAAAUUUGCAGCCAGAAAUAAAAAACAUUGCAAGGCAUCUUAACCAAGAAGUUGCAGUUCGUGCAAAUCAGUUGGGGUGGUCCAAAAGAGCUGCCAGGCUCACUUAUCUAAAGACUAUGCGGAGGCUUGUUUCAGAGCUGUAUGUUCGGGAUAACUGCCACCCUUUCAAAGCCACUGUGUUGGUCUGGAUUCAGCUUCCAAUGUGGAUAUUCAUGUCUGUUGCUCUCCGGAAUUUUAGCACAGGGGCCACACAUUCAGAAGCAGGUUUUUCUGUUCAGGAGCAGUUAGCUACCGGUGGGGUCCUAUGGUUUCCUGACCUCACUGCCCUGGAUUCCACUUGGAUUCUGCCUGUCUCCAUUGGUGUCAUCAAUUUAUUAAUAGUGGAGAUUUUUGCUCUGCAAAAAAUUGGAAUGUCUCGUUUCCAGACAUAUAUUACGUACUUUGUUCGUGCAGUAUCAGUGUUGAUGAUUCCAAUUGCAGCGACAGUACCUUCAGACUGUACAUAAAAGCACUUUGAUCCUGGUUGAUUCCUGUCCAUAGCAACCACAAGGCCUGGCAAUUACCACAAAAAAAGAAAAACAUUACCAGCUGAGGAAUGGCAGCAAAAGAGAUUAAACCAAGAAAGUACUUUUACACAGAAGCCUUGCCUAGUUCCUAGAGCAGUAACUUUUGCUUUGCUAUAACUUGAACAUGAGAGAGAUCCGACACAACCGUCCCAAAGGAAUAUGUAACAAGAGAACCCUGUUCCCUUGUUUUCUCGCUGACUACCUUCUUGACUGCCCAGUUUUUAUGUAAGUUUUGCAAGAUAGUCUUACCUUUAAUUGCCUUGGCCUAUACUGCUGAUUUUCUUCUGUAAAAUCAGGACUUCUGGGUGUUUGAGAACAAAAACCUUGAUGGAAAGACCUUAAAAUCAAAAUAAAUGCUUUAAGAAAGCAGCCCGGCUUCCCUGGUGGCGCAGUGGUUAAGAAUCCGCCUGCCAGUGCA